UGGGGAGGGGCAGUUAGUCACGCGGGCGAGCGCCAAACAAACAAAGCACGUGCAACAGAAAACUAAGUCCUGGGAGACGGCCCGGAAGCAGCUCAAACCAGGAAGACAACUGUUGUGUCCCGUGUUGCCAGGACGCCCACGGCCCGGUAUAAAGGCGGCCCAGGCAAGGAGCCUCCAGACGUCCCCGCCCUCCUCCCUCCCGGACACCGGCCGAGCCCCACGCCGACAUGUGCCACACCAGCUGCUCCGCAGGCUGCCAGGCUUCCUGCGGCUCCUCCGGCCCCUGCCAGGCGUCCUGCUGUGUGCCCGUGAGCUGCAAGCCCGUGUGUGUGCCCGUGAGCUGCAGACUCGCCGUGUGCGUGCCCGUGAGCUGCAGGCCCGCGUGUGUGCCCUCCUGCCAGUCCUCCGUGUGCGUGCCCGUGAGCUGCAGACCCACAUGUGUGCCCUCCUGCCGGCCCUCCUGCCCCACCCUGGUCUGCAGACCCGUGUGCUGUAGCUCCCCGUGCUGCUUCUGACCAGGGGUCUCCUAACACCUGCUCCGGCGGCAGAGGGGGCCCCACCCGUGCCCCUCCGGUGAGGACCAAGUCUUCGCCGGGCCUCCGGUUCUGCGCGUGGCAGCUCAAACAUUCCCGACGAAUCGUCUGAACCCUGGGGCGAGGACGGAGCAGGACGAGCCGCAUCCCCCUGUGACCCUGCGUGUCUCCGCCAGGGUCCUUCUCUGUCUCCGGCGGGGAACCCAGCCCGUGUGAGCCCAAUAAAUCGUGCCUUCCUGAGGCAGCUUUCUA